GCGCGAUCCCAGGAGCAAGUUUUGUGGUUGGCCAUGGCGUCGACAAGCGAGAUGGAAGUCCUCAGCCAGGGCGCGGAAGCGAUCGUAUAUGGUACGACCUUUGCUGGCCGACCAUGCGUCAUCAAGGAGCGCGUCGUCAAGGCCUACCGGCUGCCGCAGCUGGACAAGAAGCUCAGCCACCGCCGCCUCGUGCAGGAAGCCCGUUGCAACAUGAAGUGUCGCAAGGCCGGCGUCGACACGCCUUGCAUCCUUCUCAUCGACGAGACCAAAGGCCGCCUCUUCAUGGAGCGCAUCAUCGGGCUCAGCGUCAAGCAAUGGCUCUUCAACAUGUACGACGCUGCAACGCAGACGUACGCGCCGGCAGCCAAGGAGCUCGCGUACCAGAUCGGCGUCGCCAUUGCCCGCAUGCACGACGCCGACAUUGUCCAUGGCGAUCUCACGACCUCCAACUUGAUGAAGAAGGACGACACCACGACCAUCACGGUGAUUGACUUUGGCCUCGCCAAUUCGCAGCCGCUGCCCGAAGACAAGGCCGUCGACCUCUACGUGAUGGAGCGCGCGUUCCAGAGCACGCAUGUGCAGUCGGACGAUUUGGUGGCCGAGAUCCUGCGUGCGUACAAGGCCAAGUCGCGCCGCGCCGACACGGUGUUUCAUAAAUUAUACCUCGUGCGCUCGCGUGGGCGCAAGCGAACGAUGGUGGGGUAGUCGCAUCCAGUCGGAAUGCGCAGUCGAUCGCUUGUAUCAACAUGCAUCUUACCUUCGUACGUUC